GCCGGCCCAACUUCUCUGAGUCGGCAACACUCUCACUCCUUUAUAACUAAUCCUCAACUAACUUUUCUCUCUCACCAGAUGACUUUCCACUUAUUUACCAAAAAACCAACCAUUGAGCCUGACACUCGCCGUCCGCCGCCGCACACCCCCUCGUCGGGGGCAGUGCGACGCCUCCACGUGCCACCGUCUACUUCUCUCUCCAAGCAACACUCAUGGUCGCCUGAUCUCAUCCGCGAGGAAGCUUGGUCAAAGCGCCGAGACACCUCCCGCAACCGCCGCCGCGGAAAGAGCUUGACGGACGACGAUCUCGACGAACUCAAAGCCAGUAUCGAACUCGGGUUCGGGUUCGGAUCCCCUGAAGUCACCGAUCCGAGACUGUCCAACACGCUUCCCGCUUUGGAACUCUACUACGCCGUUCAAAAGAGCUACAACGACGCCGUUUCCAACAAGUCGUCGUCUUCGCUCUCCGACGGCGAUACCAGCCCCUCCACGUUAUACAGAACCAGCGAUGAUCCGCAAACGGUGAAGACGAAGCUGAAGCAGUGGGCGAGAGUGGUGGCGUGCACCGUUAACCAAUCACCACCGAGAUGAAAACUAACGGCGUUAAUAAUUAACGGCUGUUUGAAACGGCCAAACAGACGUGGAGCCCAUGCAUCAUUUGUAAUAUUACACAUACUGUAGUGAAUUUACCAAUUUAUUUUGGACCCAACCUGUCUGUAUAUUACAUUAUUGCGCAUUAUACAAUGACUUGAUUGAUUGCUUUAUGUUCUGUUAGUAUGUCUUAUAUGAUUUUAUAUAGACACCCAUUAUACAAUUUGCGAAAGUAUAUUCUUUGA